UAGAGGCAACUUGAGAAUUCUGAAAAUAGGUGCUUUUCAUAAGACUUUUGCUACUGUGAUUUUCUUUUCCGUCACCAGAGAGAGGACCUAAGGCUUCUUCAUGUAUGUACUUCUUACUUGGCCAAGAUAGCAGUAGGACGUUGAAAGCAUAGACAUCUGGAAAAAAAUCAGAAGAUCAGCAUGGGAGAACCUGAGAAGAAUAUUGCAACCCAUGGGGUCAGAUGCUUUUCCAGGAUCAAGAUGUUUUUGAUGGCAUUAACAUGGGCAUAUAUAUCCAAAUCACUAUCUGGAGUUUAUAUGAAUUCCAUGCUCACACAAAUAGAGAGACAAUUUGAUAUUCCCACAUUUGUAGUUGGAAUAAUCAAUGGAAGUUUUGAGAUAGGAAACCUUUUGUUGAUUAUAUUCGUGAGUUAUUUCGGAACAAAACUGCACAGACCUAUCAUGAUUGGUGUUGGAUGUGCAGUUAUGGGCCUAGGGUGUUUCAUAAUAUCACUACCUCAUUUCCUCAUGGGCCGAUACCAAUAUGAAACAACGAUUUCACCUGCAAGCAACUUGUCCUCAGACAGCUUCCUGUGUAUGGAAAACAGAACCCAGACCUUAAAGCCAACGCAAGACCCAGCAGAAUGUGUGAAAGAAAUUAAAUCAUUAAUGUGGAUAUAUGUAAUGGUAGGAAAUAUGAUACGUGGAAUUGGUGAAACUCCUAUCAUGCCUUUGGGUGUUUCCUACAUAGAAGAUUUUGCCAAAUCUGAAAACUCUCCUUUAUAUAUUGGGAUUUUACAAACAGGAAUGGUCAUUGGCCCUUUGGUUGGACUUUUGUUGGGAUCCUUCUGUGCAAGCAUUUAUGUAGACAUUGGGUCUGUGAAUACAGAUGACCUGACCAUCACUCCCACUGAUACACGCUGGGUUGGGGCUUGGUGGAUCGGCAUUUUGAUCUGUGCAGGAGUGAAUAUCCUGAUCAGCAUCCCGUUUUUCUUUUUUCCAAAAACACUCCCAAAGGAAGGACUAGAGAAUAAUGCGGAUGAGACUAAAAACAACAAAGUUGAGAAAUACAGAGAAAAAUCCAAAGAGGAAACCCGUGGAAUCACUAAAGAUUUCUUGCCGUUCAUGAAGAGCCUGUCCUGCAACCUGAUUUACAUGCUUUUCGUCUUUUUAAGUGUGCUCCAGGUCAAUGCAUUUAUUAGCACAUUUACCUUCAUGCCUAAAUACCUGGAACAGCAAUAUGGAAAAUCAACUGCAGAGAUAGUCUUUCUCAUAGGUCUUUAUGACUUACCUCCAAUAUGCCUUGGAUAUUUACUUGGUGGCUUGAUUAUGAAGAAGUUCAAGAUUACUGUCAGGAAAGCUGCACUCAUAGCAUUCUGCCUAUGUUUCUUUGAGUACCUUCUGUUUUUCUGUAGCUUUCUGAUGACCUGUGAUAAUUUCCCAGUCGCUGGCUUAACUACUUUUUAUGAAGGAGUUCAGCAGCCUCUUGAUGUGGAGAAUCCUGUCCUCGCUGACUGUAACACAAGGUGUAGCUGCUUAACGAAAACAUGGGAUCCGGUGUGUGGAGACAACGGCCUAGCAUACAUGUCUGCCUGUCUUGCAGGCUGUGAGAAGUCUGUUGGAACGGGAAUCAACAUGGUGUUUCACAAUUGCAGCUGCAUUCGCUCGUCUGGAAACUCAUCUGCUGUCCUCGGGCUGUGUAAGAAGGGCCGUGCGUGUGAUAGCAUGCUGCAGUACUAUUUAAUCAUGUCGGUAAUUGGCUGUUUCAUCUUCUCACUAGGAGCCAUACCUGGGUACAUGGUUCUUCUGAGGUGUAUCAGGUCUGAAGAGAAGUCACUUGGGAUUGGAUUACAUACCUUUUACAUAAGAAUAUUUGCUGGCAUUCCUGCACCUAUUUACUUUGGUGCUUUGAUAGACAGGACCUGUUUACACUGGGGAACUCUGACAUGUGGUGAGCCAGGGGCAUGCAGGUUGUACGACAUAAAUAGUUUCAGGCGCAUUUACCUUGGCGUGCCUGCAGCAUUAAAAGGAUUAAGUUUUGCCCCUGCAUUCUUCAUUCUAAUACUUAUGAGGAAGCUGCAACUCCCUGGGGAAAUCAACUCUUCAGAAACUGAACCUGCAGAGAUGAAGCUCACAGAGAAGGAAAGCGAAUGUGUGGACGUACACAGAAGUCCUGAGGUCCAGAAUGACAGAGAACUGAAAACCAAGUUCUAGUGAGUUUUCUACUGGUCUGCAAGCCCAUGAACAGAAUGCACAUUUCACUUGCUUUGAAUCAUGAGAGCUCUUAUCCUUAAGGACCUCAAAAAUUAUUUUUCCUCAUGAUGAAAAUAUUUACUGAUAGCAUUUUCAGAAUUUUGGGGUAGCGCUUAAGAUUUUCCCAGGGAAGACUUCUACGGCGAGCCCCGCACUGAACCUUAAACCAGCCUUCACUUUAAACAGCAUUUUCUUUUAACUUAAUCAUAAGAAGCGUGGGUUUCUCAGGUGACUUCUGAUAGCUUUAAAACUUUCCUAUUGCCAAACCACUAUUUGUUUUGAAUUUAUACUUCAAUGCUGGAGGUUUUUUGAACUGAAAACAUGCAUCCUUCUUGUGCCACACUGAAAUAAUUUGUUUAAAUUUAUCCUUUCUAUUUGUAAGAUGUCUGCAUGUGUCUUUAACUAUUCAGGAGCUGUUAGCUCUCUUUUUUUUAUUUUAAACUUCUGAUGCUUCCAAGAUUAGACUUCUCAUUAAUGUGUUAUCUCAUUUUCAAUCCCUUCUUUCAUUACUCAUGUUACACAUUUGAUCAUUUUUGUUUAGAGCACUUAAAAAUUUAUUCAGGUUAUUAAAAAUCGUGUGGUAAAGAUGGUUGGACCUUUUUUCUACUAAUUCAAAGCUGGUCAUGAAACUCUGUUUUCAAAAUCAAAUACUUGAAAUAACCUGUUCUUUCAAAGGCCCUUUGUAGAGAUGGAGUUAUACCUCAGUGUUACAAUGAUUGCCUAGUAUGUGUGAGUUCCUGAGUACAACCAUGAAGUAAACUACUGACAAGGUAAAAUAAUGUAAAAUGAAAUAAAAAUAAAUUAAGGCUGUGCGCAGUAUGAGAUGGGCUCAAAAGGCUAAUUCUCAGAUUCGGGAGGCCUGAGGAGGCCCAAUGUGCAUUUUAUCGUGUGUCCUCAAAGCACACGGCUACUUACAUUCAAAAUCAUCUUACAGUAAAAACAUUAAAGAGGGCCCAGCUAGAUGGUCCAGUGGAAAGAAGUGUUUGCCACCAAGCCUGGCAAGGUGGUUGAGAUGCCCGGGAUCAACAUGGUGGAAGGAAAGAACAAGCUCUUGAAAGUUGUCCUUUGCCCUCUGCUCCUGUAUUGUGGUGUAUGUGUCCCACCACAAAGAAAUAUGUAAAUAAACAAAUAUAAAUAAAUAAAUAAAAGUUUUAGAAGUAA